AUGACAGAUACGUGUGACAUGUCGGAAGAAAGUCAUGAAACCGACUGUUCAGAUGAACCGUUUGGCUUUGGUGAUGAUCUUGAGCUGAAUCAGUUUGAUGGAUUGCCUUUCUCCUCACGCUACUACAAACUGUUGAAAGAAAGGAAGACUCUAGCAGUCUGGAAAGCCAGAAGCGAACUUUUGGGCACACUGGUGAACAAUAAACUAGUGAUUGUAUCUGGUUCAACAAAGACUGGUAAAAGCACUCAGAUCCCUCAGUGGUGUGCUGAGUUCUGCCUGUCAGCCCAGUACCGGCAUGGCAUGGUGGUGUGUACCCAGACCCAUCGGCAGCAGGCCGUGGACCUGGCUCUACGUGUAGCGGACGAGAUGGACGUCAACAUUGGGCACGAAGUGGGCUACACUAUCCCCCUGGAGACAUGCUGCUCCUCCGACACCGUGCUCAGGUUCUGCACUGAUGACAUGCUCCUGAGGGAGUUGAUGUCCGACCCAUUCCUGGAGCGCUACGGCGCCAUUGUCAUCGACCAGGCCCACGAGAGGACGGUGAGCACUGACAUCCUGCUGGGCCUGCUCAAGGAUAUCCUCCUCCACCGGCCGGAGCUCCGUAUGGUGGUCCUCACUGCCCCCCCCAUGACGGACAGGUUGCUCGGCCAUUACGGCAGCGUUCCCGUCAUCGCCCUGGAGAGUGCGAGCAAGGCCGAGGUGGUCUACAGUAACAGCAGCCAUAAGGACUACUUCUACUCAGCGCUCAGGCUGGUGCUGGAGAUCCACCGCACCAAGGAGGAGGGGGAUGUUGCCGUCUUCCUGGCCUCGGCUCAGGAAGUUGACUGUGCCUGCAGUAUCCUCCAGAAAGAGGGCACCAGGCUGGGGGCUGACCUUGGCCAGUUGGUGCCAGUUAACCUGUGCAUGGGGCUGGGCCAGGUACAGUGGCAACGUUGGGUUCCCUCUAUCCUGGACGGGGAGCAGAGCAAGACCAGACGGGUAUUUCUCUCAACACAUCGGGGUGAGGACAAGUUCUGGGCUGUGGACUCUAUCAACUUUGUCAUUGACACGGGAGUGGAGAAACGAUUUGUAUACAAUCCUAGGAUACGGGCUAACUCUGAAGUUCUACAACCCAUCAGUGUGUGCCAGGCAGACAUCUGCAAACAGAUUACUCAAGCAGCAGGGAAGUGUUUCUGCCUGUACUCAGAGGAGAGCCGGCUUCCUGCCGAGACGUCCCCCCAGAUCCUGGAGACCAACAUCACCUCCACUGUCCUCUUCCUCAAGAGGAUGGAGAUAGCAGGUCUGGCACGCUGCCACUUCCUCACCAGACCAGAUCCAGAAGGUUUGAUGCAGGCUUUGGAGGAACUGGACUACCUGGCGGCCUUAGACAACGAUGGGAACUUGUCCGAGAUCGGAAUCAUAAUCUCUGAGUUCCCGCUGGACGCCCAAAUGGCCAAGGCUUUGCUGGCCUCCUGCGAGUUUGACUGUGUGAGCGAGGUAGCCACUAUUGCAGCUAUGCUAUCUGCACCAAGCUGCUUCCUGGAGCCACCUGUCGGUAUGACCCACAAGGCAGUGCAAUGCCACAGGAAGUUUCAGCACCCUGAGGGGGACCACUUUACCCUCAUAAACAUCUACAAUGCCUUCAAACAGAGCCAGAGAGAGCCAUACUUUAGUGUUGAGAGGUGGUGCAAGGACUACUUCUUGAACCACACUGCCCUGCAGACUGCUGAUGCCACCAGGUCCGAGCUGACAGACAUCCUGCGGAGGAUCGAAUUGCCCAUCUCAGAGCCCUGCUUCGGCACAAAAACCAACACAGGCAACAUCAAGAGAGCUCUGCUGGCAGGUUUUUUCAUGCAGAUUGCUAGGGAUGUGGAUGGGUCUGGGAAUUACUUUAUGCUCACUCACAAGCAUAUGGCCCAAGUGCACCCCUUCUCCAGCUAUGGGGCCACAGCACAAAAGAUGGGCUUUCCAGAGUGGGUGCUGUUUCACGAGUACACCCUGUCUGAAAAUAACUGCAUCAGAACCGUCUCAGAAAUUUCCCCUGAAGUAUUUAUUCAGAUGGCACCACAGUUCUUUUUCUACAAUCUGCCCCCUAGUGAGAGCAAAGACAUGUUGCAGCCCAUGUUGGACAGUGCUGGAUCAAGAAAUAUUAAAAACAAGACACAGAAGGACCUAACAAUUACUGGCACUGAAGUGCAUAAAGACUAUUCCGUCACUCAGUCAAAUGACAGAUGUGUCAUUCAGUGAGUUCCUUGUGACUGGUGCAUACACGGUGAAAAUUGGGGAAGAGAGAGAAACAGAAGAACUGCCAAAGGAAUUUCCUGCUUGCAGAUUGUUCAUUACAGAUUUAGUUUUUUGUCAAAUUGUCAUUUAGCUGCAGC